AUGGACAUCAAGUUUCCUUGCUUUCACGAACACACUCUCAUGUUAUCAGCCGAGAAAGAGAGAAGUGAAGAAGCUGCUAUAUCUGCAACCAGCACUGACCUUGCCGAUGAAGACGAUGAAGAGACUGAAGAAGAAGAGUAUGUUGAAGAAACGGAUGAUGAAGCAAGAGAGCAAGAGGUGGAUCAACCAGAUCAAGCUGCUGCCGAAGAAACGGACGAUGUGCGAGUGCAAGCUGCUGCCGAAGAAACGGACGAUGUGCGAGUGCAAGCUGCUGCCGAAGAAACGGACGAUGUGCGAGUGCAAGCUGCUGCCGAAGAAACGAACGAUGUGGGAGUGCAAGCUGCUGCCGAAGAAACGGACGAUGAAGCAAGAGAGCAAGACGUUGAGGUGGAUACAGAUCAAGCUGCUGCCGAAGAAACGAACGAUGUGGGAGUGCAAGCUGCUGCCGAGAUGGGACACGGAUCAGUCAAUCAAGAGGGACAAAACCUUGCCGAUGAAGACGAUGAAGAGACUGAAGAAGAAGAGUAUGUUGAAGAAACGGAUGAUGAAGCAAGAGAGCAAGAGGUGGAUCAACCAGAUCAAGCUGCUGCCGAAGAAACGGACGAUGUGCGAGUGCAAGCUGCUGCCGAAGAAACGGACGAUGUGCGAGUGCAAGCUGCUGCCGAAGAAACGGACGAUGUGCGAGUGCAAGCUGCUGCCGAAGAAACGAACGAUGUGGGAGUGCAAGCUGCUGCCGAAGAAACGGACGAUGAAGCAAGAGAGCAAGACGUUGAGGUGGAUACAGAUCAAGCUGCUGCCGAAGAAACGAACGAUGUGGGAGUGCAAGCUGCUGCCGAGAUGGGACACGGAUCAGUCAAUCAAGAGGGACAAAACCUUGCCGAUGAAGACGAUGAAGAGACUGAAGAAGAAGAGUAUGUUGAAGAAACGGAUGAUGAAGCAAGAGAGCAAGAGGUGGAUCAACCAGAUCAAGCUGCUGCCGAAGAAACGGACGAUGUGCGAGUGCAAGCUGCUGCCGAAGAAACGGACGAUGUGCGAGUGCAAGCUGCUGCCGAAGAAACGGACGAUGUGCGAGUGCAAGCUGCUGCCGAAGAAACGAACGAUGUGGGAGUGCAAGCUGCUGCCGAAGAAACGGACGAUGAAGCAAGAGAGCAAGACGUUGAGGUGGAUACAGAUCAAGCUGCUGCCGAAGAAACGAACGAUGUGGGAGUGCAAGCUGCUGCCGAGAUGGGACACGGAUCAGUCAAUCAAGAGGGACAAAUCACACGUAUUAAAUUUGCUUGUGUUGUCACGCUAAUGAAGGACUCUGAGUAA